AGCAAGGGGAUAGGGAGUGAGCAGGUCACCAGCAGCCCAAGCAGGAAGCAGGGGUGCUCACACUCCUGGACAGUGAUGAGAUGGGAGGCGGGAAGAGCUCAAACUGCAUAACCAGGUGAAGAGGCAGGCUCAGCACAAAAGGUCCUCUGGAGGGUGCAGUAAAGUCACCAGGGGCCAGACCAGGACCAUGGAGCCCAGUGUCCUGCUCCUCCUCGCUCUCCUUGUGGGCUUUGUACUGCUUCUUGUCAGUGCCCACCCAAAAGCCUGUGGCCACCUCCCACCAGGACCAUGUCCACUGCCCCUCCUGGGAAACCUCCUGCAGAUGGACAGAAGAGGCCUCCUCAACUCCUUCAUGAAGCUACGAGAAAAAUAUGGAGAUGUGUUCACAAUGCACCUGGGACCGAGGCCCAUGGUCAUGCUGUAUGGCACAGAGGCCAUAAGGGAGGCUCUGGUGGACCAAGCUGAGGCUCUCUCUGGCCGGGGGACAAUUGCUGUGGUUAGACCAGUCUUCAAGGACUAUGGUGUGGUCUUUGCCAAUGGGGAACGCUGGAAGACCCUUCGACAAUUCUUUCUGGCUACUACGAGAGACUUUGGGAUGGGGAAGCGGAUUAUGGAGGAGCAGAUUCAGGAAGAGACCCAAUGUCUGGUUGAGGAGUUUUGGAAAUGCCAGGGAGCCCCCUUGGACCCCACCUUCCUCUUCCAGUGCAUCACAGCCAACAUCAUCUGCUCCAUUGUCUUUGGAGAGCGCUUUGACUACAAAGACUGCCAGUUCCUGGGCCUGCUGGACCUGUUCUAUAGGUCCUUCUCUCUCCUCAGCUUAUUCUCAAGCCAGGUCAGUGGAUGGAAAGAGAGGAGCAUCCAGGGCAGAGGAAAGAAGAGGUUUCUCUGUGGGUGA